AUGGCCCUGAAGCUGAACUACCAGCGACCUCGCCCGCUCGCUCGUCACCUGGGCAUCUCCAUCACGACCUGCGUGCUGUUGUUCAUCUCAUUCCUUCUAUACCUGCUCGUCGCCCUCUCUACCCCCAUUAUCAAGUCUAUCUUUCUCUUCGAAAUCAAGUUCAACGAGGAAGAUGGUGACGUUGCAUCUGGCGUCGCGACCAACCUACAAUUUGGCGUCUGGGGUCUGUGUGCAUACAGUGUACUCCCCGGCUUCGAAUAUUGCUACGGGCCAAGGCUGGGAUACACCAUUCCGGAGAGCAUAUUGUCCCUGACAGGAUAUCCAGACCUUGUGGACGACGUGGUGGAAGUAUUGACGAUUCUCUUGGUGCUUCACCCAGUUUGCGCCGGCCUCUCCUUCGUUGGGAUGUUCACAUCCCUCUUCCUCGAGUCGCACGCAAUGUGCAUCAUAUCCCUCAUCAUAACUAUACUCACCAUCAUCCUCGGCUGCCUUGUGUUUGCCGCCGAUCUCGCAUUGGUUAUCAUCGGUAGAAUCAAGAUAUCCGCGCUCUCGGACUUCUCGUACUAUGUCAACUGGGGUCCAGCUGUGUGGAUGAUACUCGCGGCGGUCGUCUGCUUAUGGGUCGGGAUGAUCCUGCUUAGCGUUGUGGUGUGCCAAUGUUGCGGGGUUGGAGUGGAAUAUAACGAGGACGAGAAAGAUGUUGAGAGCGAUGCUUGA